CCGCUCGACGACGACGACCUCCUCCGCGAGAUCCUCCUCCGCGUGCCGCCGAACCCCUCCACGCUCCCCCGCGCGUCCCUCGUGUGCAAGCGCUGGCGGCGCCUCGUCUCCGACCCGCGGUUCCUCCGCCGCUUCCGCAACCACCACCAGCGGCCGCCCCUCCUCGGCUUCUUCGAGCACCGCUACAUCCCCUUGGGCUCCGAGAACCAUCUCCUGUUCCACCCCGUCCUGGAACCCCCGGACCGCGUCCCUCCCCGGCGCUUCUCCCUGGGACCCGACCUCGCCGGCGCGUGCCGCCGGAUGGAACUGCUCGCCUGCUGCCACGGCCGCGUCGCCUUCUUCGACACUUCGGGCGGCUUCACCGUCUUGGUCUGGGAUCCUGUCACUGGAGGCCACGUCCGGCUGCCGCCCGCCCCGCCGGAGUUUGCCAACCUGUUGCUCUUCAACGGGACGGUGCUGUGCGCUCCCGGCGGCGAGCACGGCGCCUGCCACUCGAGCCGCUUUAAGGUGGUCGCGCUGUCCACAUCCACGAACGAUCGCCUCCCCAUGGCCUGCGUCUACUCAUCGGAGACUGGCAUUUGGGGAGAUACCAUCUACCAUGAUCGUCCAUGUAGAGGUGUAGACUUGAUUUAUCCCGGCACCACCCUUAUCGCCAAUGCACUUUACUGCAAAUUUUUCACUUGCAGCCUGGAUGAGGAGAUGGGCGAUGACAUGGCUGAGCCCGACGGCCUGCUUGAGUUUGAUUUGGAUAGGCAGAGCUUAACUGUGAUGGAGGGACCUCCAGUAAACCAUGCCGACUACCACCAAAUCAUCAAGACAGUCCAUGGCGGUGUCGGCCUCGCGUCACUGUCUUGGCGAACCUUGCAGCUGCAGGUGUGGCAUAGAGAUGUCAACCGUCACAAUGUUGCUACAUGGCUGCUUUCCAAGACAGUUGACCUGAGAGAUGUCUUUGGGCUUCAGGAAUCAGGAUCACGAGAGAUGGCCCCGGGCGAGCAGGAGAUGUGA